AUGCAAAAUUUUUCAUUGGAGGACCUGGCGGCAGAAUGUCUUGGCUUCUUCGCUGGGGGCUUCGAGACUUCGGCGUCCACCAUCAGCUACAGUUUAUACGAACUGGCGCUGCAUGAGGACAUCCAAAGUAAUCUGCAGCUGGAGAUAGACUCUGUGCUGCAGCGACAUGACGGCAAUAUUACGUACGACGGCAUAGCGGAGAUGUCCUAUCUGGACAAAGUGGUGUCUGAGACGCUCAGGAAGUACCCUCCGCUGUCUUUCCUGAACCGCGACUGCGUGAAGCCCUACAGGAUCCCGGACAGCGACGUCGUCGUGGACAGAGGAACGGGAAUCCUGAUCAGCCUCUUCGGCCUCCACUACGAUCCGGAGCACUUCCCUGACCCAGAGCGCUACGACCCCGAGAGGUUCUCAGAAGAGCAGAAGGCCGAGAGGAACCCUUACGUGUACCUGCCAUUCGGGGACGGACCUCACAUCUGCAUUGGUAAGAGACUCGGUUUGCUGCAGACCAAAGUGGGACUUGUGAACAUCCUGUCCAAGUGCAGCGUGCGACCUACGGAGAAGACGACCAGGCACGUCACCUACAACAGCAGAGGUGUAAUGCUCGCGCCCACAAAGGAAAUCGAACUGAAAUUUGUGAAACGAUGA